UACGAGGCAAAUCAAUCCCCAAGACAUCUCCAACAGUGCCUCUUGGAGCUGCAGCGAGGCCAACACUUUUACCCAAUCGUUCGUCACAAGUGAAAUCUUGUAUCCUUCAUGUGUGGUGAGCCGCCUGUACCCUUGUUAUAGCUCCCCGCAAUAGCCGCUUUCUUGAAUGUGAAAGAGCUCGACUUCGCCUGCAUACCACACAUCGAUCGCGUCUGGUUUAUGCAGCUUCCCUAGGUCACGUAUCUCCGCCAUGGCCUCCAUUCGGACAUCUGCCAGGUCCUCUGGAAGUAUACUAUGCCGCGCAUGCAAGCGUCCUGCAGCGACCCAGUCAUUCGCAAAUGCGCCAGCGUGGCGGGCAUUGUCCACAGAGGGACAGCAAAAGCUGCUGUCCGCAAACCUCGAGGAGGCCGAUUCGACGGUGUUUGAGAUUAUUCGCAAGGAAAAGAGGCGGCAGAAACACUUCAUCAACCUGAUCCCCUCAGAGAACUUCACGAGCCAGGCUGUGUUGGAUGCGCUAGGAAGUGUGAUGCAAAAUAAGUACUCGGAAGGAUACCCGGGAGCACGAUACUAUGGUGGAAAUGAGUUCAUCGACGAGGCGGAAAUCCUGUGCCAGAACCGAGCUCUGCAAACAUUCCGCUUGGAGAACGACAAAUGGGGUGUGAAUGUACAGCCUCUUUCUGGCUCGCCUGCCAACCUCUACGCCUAUUCAGCGCUCCUCAAUACCCACGAUCGUAUCAUGGGCCUCGACCUUCCACACGGCGGCCACCUUUCUCACGGCUACCAAAUACCUAACAAGAAGAUCUCGAUGAUCUCCAAAUACUUUGAGACCUUCCCCUACCGACUCGACGAGAGCACCGGCUUGAUCGAUUAUGACAAGCUUGAAGAGCAGGCAUUGCUGUACCGACCGAAGAUCAUCAUUGCAGGAACGAGCGCGUAUAGCAGAUUGAUCGACUACGACAGAUUCAGAAAGAUCGCGGACAAGGUGGGCGCAUACUUGCUGGCAGACAUGGCCCACAUUUCAGGACUUGUCGCUGCAGGUGUUGUACCUUCGCCGUUCGAUUACGCCGACAUUGUUACCACCACCACGCACAAGAGUUUGAGAGGGCCUCGAGGAGCAAUGAUCUUCUUCCGAAAGGGUGUGCGAAGUGUGGACAAAAAGGGUAAAGAGCUGCUGUACGACCUCGAGAACCCCAUCAAUGCUUCGGUGUUCCCAGGACAUCAAGGUGGACCACACAACCAUACUAUCACGGCUCUCGCGGUCGCUCUGCAUCAAGCACAGCAGCCAGAGUUCAAAGAGUAUCAACAGCAGGUGCUUGAGAACGCCCAAGCCCUCGCGAAACGUCUCGGUAGCGACAAGGAAUCUGGUGGCCUGGGCUACAACAUUGUCUCCGGUGGCACCGACAAUCACUUGGUCCUGGUCGACCUGAAGGAUAAGGCCAUUGACGGAGCACGAGUGGAGCGUAUCUUGGAGCUUGUUGGCUGCGCAGCAAAUAAGAACACCGUACCUGGCGACAAGAGCGCCCUGAAGCCCGGAGGUCUUCGCAUGGGUACUCCAGCGAUGACAACUCGUGGAUUCCAGGCUGCAGACUUUAAGCGAGUGGCGGAUAUCGUCCACCGAGCCGUGAACAUCACGAAGAGCGUGGACGCCAAGGCGAAGGAAGCUGCGGAGAAGAGCGGGCGUAAGAACCCAGGCAGCGUCAACGCUUUCAAGGAGUACGUGAAAGAGGGCGAGGAGGUCGUCGAGAUCUUGGAGCUCAGGCGUGAGGUCGAAGACUGGGUCGGCACAUUCUCCUUGCCAUGGACAGAAUCGUCGUGAUCUGUUCGCGUCUCUACCUAGGAAUUCACGCCGUGGACGACGAGCAUCUGCGAAGAUAUGCAUACGAGCACGAAUAAUGGUUUCGAGCAAGGAUUUCUAGCGAGAUGGUUCGUACAGUCUCUUUUAACAUUUAGCGAAGUGUCGACUUAACGUGACGGUUAUUGUCUGCUCCUUCCUGCCUUCACAUUCACCCGCGCUUACCUGCAGAAACUCUAACGGCAACGACCCGCUGCAGCAGUUCUCGCCGUUUGCCUCAUAGCCACAACGCGUGCCACACUUCAAGUUAUUGGGCACACCGCCACUGGUGAACGGCGAAAAGCCAUGUCGACCAUGUACUUGACGCCAAUUCCACUCACUUCAUGGCCAACCAACACCGCGACCGCCAACACAACGAUGUCCUUCCCUCACCCAACACCGCAGAUUCCGACUAGCACGAUGCCCCCACCAG